UAUUGCAGCAUUUAGUUUUUAAUUUUUACUGGUUUUCGCAGAUACAAGAGCUAGUUAAGGACAAAAUGGCGACCGCUACAUGCGUUGUUCGUGUAUUGAAUCGAACAUCUAUUUUAGCACGUUCUUCUUUACGAAGUUUUGGUACAAGACACAGAUGUCUUAUGACCACAGCAACGCCAAACACAGGUGAAAAUGUACCGAAGCCUGAGGGAAGUGAAAGUAAGGAUAAGAAAACAGAAGCUGCCACCAAGUCUGAAGAUGUAAUCAAAUUAGAAUCCCAAGUUCAGAAGUUGGAAGAAGAAGUAAAAGAAUCAAAGGACAAAUAUAUGCGAUCUUUGGCUGAAGCUGAAAACUUACGGAGGCGCAUGACCAAGCAAGUGGAAGAUGCAAAACUUUUUGGAAUUCAGGGAUUCUGCAAAGAUCUACUUGAAGUGUCAGACAUAUUGAAUACAGCCAUCAAUACAGUUCCUAAAACAGAAUUGAAAGACUCUAACCCUCAUUUAAUCAAUUUGUUCCAAGGUCUUAACAUGACCGAAUCACAGCUUAUAAAAGUCUUCAAUAAGCACGGCUUAGAAUCCAUCGCACCAAAAGAAGGGGAGAAAUUUGAUCCCAAUUUCCAUGAAGCUCUAUUUCAGGUUCCAAUCCAGUCCAAAGAAACACAGACAGCUGAUACUGUUGCUGUUGUACAAAAGAUUGGAUACAAGCUACACAGUCGUACCUUGAGACCUGCUUUAGUUGGUGUUUUUAAAGCGUCUUAGUCUUUAUAUGUGCAUUAUCUUAUUUAUAUUACAUUAUCUUCUAAAUAUGUGAAAGAAUUUUUUUACCAGAAUACAGCUUCUUUAAUAGAAGCACUUAAGAGAAACAUUGGCAAUAUUUUAAAUACUAGCUAACAGUUGCAUCAUACAGUGGGGGUGGUAGGUGUAGUGUAGACUGAAUGCUCUGGGUGACACUACAAACUACCUGUUUAAUAACUUAAUUAGACAAGUGUGUCAGCAUCUGGGAUGGGGGUUAACACUAAAUUAUGGGCAGUUUUUUUUAGUACAAGGUCGUUGGAGAGGGCGACCUCGUGACACCACUGCCCGAUUAUUUUAUAAUUUGUAUAACAUGAGUUUGUUGUUGGCUAUAUAUUGGUUGUUCACAGUUGGUACAUAAUUAACAUUAGAACAACUUCAAGACCAAAUUCAGAGAGUUUUUUUUAACAAUCAUUAAUUUAAAAUGAAAAAAAAAUUGUUGAUCAUGUUUUGCUUUGUAUUAAAAAAUUAUUUUUUAAAAUUUGAAAAUAGUAAGUUAGCAAAAUUUAAUUUGUAUGUGAAUAUUUGACUGUCAUGUCAUGUGAUACAGGCCUGUAGUAAGGAAUAUCGAGUCAUUAAUAAAAUUGUCAUAGCAA